AAGUAGGCUUAAGACGCUACUUUAUCAUUUUUAAAUUAACGCCAGUGCAUGGAUUUUUAAACGUUAACGUUAGAUCGAAGUCAAAGUGUACUCGAGUUUAACUGAGAAAUUCUUGACUGUAUAUUCAAUAUCACAUUGAAAAGUAUUAAGUUUUGAAUACAAUUGACACAUUUAAUGGAUAAUUCGAACAGGUGUUAUCCCAUUUAAUACAACGUGACGAAAUGUACAGACGUAAUUCUAGUUCGAUUAUUUCGUUUGUUUACGUACAUUGUAAUUAUUUUUUGCAUAUUCGUAAAGUACAGCACAUAUUAAGGAUAAAGGUUGAGGUUGUUUUAGUGUAGUGAUUGAAGAUGGACUAUGGUUCUUCAAUAAUCUUGAGGCUACUAAAAAACUGUAUAUUUUUAUUUUGUUGAAAGUUCACUAAAGACAUAAUAUUGAAUGAGUACUCAAUCUUUUUCACGCGGUGUUAUUCAUAAACAGACAUUUCGACUAUAUGUUUGACAGCUUUAUCAAGUGAUAAUAUGAUGUGUUAUUUUCCCCCCUGUUAGUAAUGGUAUAUAAUUGUUCUACAUGCUUAUAUAUCUAGAUAUAUAUAUUGGAAUAUUAACACCAGGCAAUGGCAGCGUUGAAACUACUUAUGCAUUUUUUCUUGUUACAAAUGUUCCUUUUCGGAUGUGACGCAAAACGUUUACAUCGAGUGAGAAGGGGCUGGUUCUCUAACGGGAAACCUACCGAAGUGCAGUGUGCCUUUAAUCCGUGCUCCGUACCCGGAUUCUGUGGUACCGGUCGUACGUGUGUGAUGGAUGAUAACUGUCGACAUCAUUGUGAAUGCGAAAACGGAUCUUCUCAUGAGGAAUGCAAAGAAAUCACAUUGUCACAGGUAGCGACGCCGAAACCUGCAAAAUGCACGUUCAAUCCAUGUGCAAGUCCUGCAUUUACAUGUGAUGGUGGUAGAAAGUGCGUGCUUAAUGAUUUGUGCAUGCCUGAAUGUGCCUGCUUGGAUGGUUCAACACAUUCAAGUUGUCUCGAUGAAACUGAUGAAACUACAACAAAACAUACUAUCAACGUAACAACCAAAGCAGAUAAAUGUGAAACCGGAGGAGUAACAUGCAAGAACGGCCAAUGUGUUGAAAAAGGGGUCAAAUACACGUGUAUAUGUGAUAAGGGAUGGUCAGGUUUCACGUGUAACGAAAGCAAAUGUACAAUGGAAUGCUCGGAAGGUUUUUAUUGUCAUUUUGUUACUCCCUCAGUGCAAAUAUGUGUAGAAAUUCUCCAGGAAAAGACAACUAUGCAAACAACUUUAUCAACGCAGACAACAGAAAUAAGCGUGAUUUCUAACGUGUGUAAUGGCAGUUAUAUCGAUCAUAAUUAUCAAGAACGAAAAUGCCCGUCCGGAACCGCGUGCAAAUACGGAAUAUGUGACAGUGACGGCGAUUCUGAAAAGUGCAAGUGUGACGCCGGGUCGACGGGAACGCUGUGCGAAUACAAAUGCUGCCGAGACUGUGGAAACUUUGGAACAUGUACUAUUGACGAUGAGCGAGGGGAAAUUUGCAAGUGUCAUGAAGACUACAUAGGGGUUAACUGCACGGGAACGAGCUCGCAUUUAAAUGCAACAUAUGCGCCACCGGAGGAAGUGACGUGGCAUUACUGGGUAGUUGGCGCAUGCGUAUUACUCCUACUGAUCCUCAUAGCGUUAAUGGUUGUAGUUCCAUACAUUUUAUGGAGAAAUCGGGUCAUACUCGUCAUGAAGUUCGUACAUUACUUUCAAGGUUACGAGGAUGAUGACGACAGGCAAUGGGACGCGUUUAUCUCUUAUAAAUCUAACAAAGCAGACGAACAGUUUGUGGUCAAAACAUUGUUUCCAAUGCUCGAGAGGGAAAUGGGAUUUAAAAUCAACGUACAUUUCAGAGACUUUGUGCCGGGAGAAACAAUCGCAAACAACAUCAUCUCGGCGGUGCAAUGUUCUAGAAGAACAAUCAUGAUCAUAACUCCAUCUUAUGUCACGAGUGAAUUCACCAAGUUUGAAUACCAGGUGGCGCAACAAGAAAUGCUGAAGAGAAAACACAGAAUCAUCCCAAUUCUGUUUGACGACAUUUCCGAAUGCAAAGAUGCAAUGGACCCAAACUUAAAGGUUAUUUUAAAUUCGGUGACAUACAUUGAAUGGCCAAAAGAUGGCGAUGAGAAAAAAAUAGCGAAAUUUUGGAAGCGGAUAGAACUCUCUAUGCCCAAAAUAAAGAAUCGUUCAUUGGAUAUUGACAAUGACAAAACUAACACGAACGGCGUUGUGAAAAUGACAAAACCAGAUGAUAUCAAUAUAUCAUUGUCAAAUAAAACAGGGAAAAAUAAAACUGAAAUCCCAAAAAGUAAUAUAUACAAUAUGAUUGACGAGUUAAAACUUGAUCCUGAAGAGGUAUAUGACACUCUAAAUGAAUCAGAGAUGCAGUCAAAAGUGAUAAAAAAGAGUACCCGACAGCAGAAUGGUUAUAAUAAUGCACCGCAACAGAAGUUCUAGAUUAUAUCUGUGUUCAUGUUAAUUAUAAAAUAUCAAAACUGUCAAUUACGAAGAGAAAGUUAAAACUUUCCUGACGUAGACAUUCGGUACAAGCGAAGGUAAAAUGUCAUUUGGUGAAGACAUUAGUUUUGGUUUUGCAUAUGACAUAACGUUUUGCGGUAUUUUUAUUCAGAAGUAUACACGUAUGUCUGGUUGUGGUUAAAAAGUAAAGUAUUUGCUGGUUUAAGUUUAAAUUACUAGUAUCCUGUUUGUGUUUAGAAUUAAAAAUUAACAUUUAGGCAUAGAUUGGAGUCUGGUUGAAAGCAUCAGCAUCAUUAGAAUCGAUGUAUGUUAACAUGACAUUAUGCUCGUUUUUAUAUAUUUCAAAAGAUUUACUAUUAUUAAAGUCAUUGACCAAGCACUAAUGCAAGAAAUAGGAUGGAUACAACAUAAAUACUGCCUAAAAUAAGAAAAGAUGUACCUUUUACGUUACAGAUACAUUCUGAAGGAUAUUUCAAUGAGUCACUUUGUUUAUUGAUUAUUUGAACAGUCUGGCAAAAUGUUAAGUUGUUCAUUUUUUACUAUUACCUGAACAUUAAUCAUUAUAAUAUUGAUUUAUUGUCAAAUGAUAAAGUGCUCAAGAACAACAACCAUAACAAUCUUGAAACAACUAUGUUAAAGUAGACUUAUUUCCCUUAGCUAGAGUGUAUUUUAAACCUUUUUUUCUGACCGUUAACAUUGACAGGACGAUACAGUCUAAAAAACUUUUAAAAAGAGCCAAUACUAUCAACUAAAAGGGACUCCACUGAGGUUUUUUGACAUGAUAGAACUGGAAAUAAUUUUUCGAGAUUAAUGGUUAAUUUGAUGUAGGUCUAGACCAAUAACUUCUGUGUAAAUGUUCAGAUCAUUUACUCACUCCGUUUUUCCAGAAUAAUUAUUCUUAUUGUGAAAAAGGACCCAAAAUUGAAAAGCGUUCCAACGCUUUUCGAUCUAAUUGGACUUAAAAUUGCACAAAAAUAUGAUUUUAAAAUUAUUUCUGAGUACAUGUAUUUUCUUAUCAUCUUUUGCAAUCUUUCUGUUAUAAGUGUCCCAGAUGAUCUAUGUAGAAAAUUCAAAUUAUCUUAUGUUUGAUGCUUUUGUACCUCAGUGGAGUUCCUUUAUAUGAAAUGUUACAUGUUAGAGGCGUAAUUAGUGUUUUAUACUUGAGUGUUGCUAAUAGCCAACGUCAUGCCGAGUAUGUGAUUUUCGUCACACCUCCUUAACGAAUGACAGUAAACUAUGAAAUUCUCUCUAAAAGAUCAUAAUUAUGUUUUAAGACCUCUGGAGCAGGGAAUGGGAUGAUCACUUUUAUGAGGCUACUCGAAUACAGUAUACUGUAACAUUCAAUUUAUCACAUAUCCAAAAUAAUAGCUAUUCAAAGGAAAAAAGAAUAACUUUUUCAUCGUCUCGGUCACUAUAAUAAAUCAUUUUUUUUUUACUCAAAAGUUCGUUUGAUGCAGGUUUUCAACCUGGAACAAUAAAAGCAGGGUAAUUACCCACCUAACUGCGCUAUUUCCGGAGGUGAUAAUGAUAUGAAAAAUAAACACGUUAAACUGGUGUAUCCGUCGUCUCAACAUGACUCAAGUUUGUCUUUAUAUUUAUAUUCAUGUAAAAUAUGUAAAUUUCCAGGAACAUUUGACAUGUAACUACGUAGCCAUUGAUACUUGAACAUCAAUUAAAAUUACUUUUAAACAUAUUUUCUGCAUAUUUUAACAAAGAUAUGCAAGAAAAAUAAAUCAUAAACAGAACUUGUCCAACAAAGCUUAAAAAGGAUGAAGUAUAUAGGUAAAAGUAAAAUGCAUGACCCUGUUCCUGGAAAUGCCCAUGUCUGAAUUAAAAUGUUUGAAAUUAAA